CCCAACGCAUGAGCAACAUCUCGCUGUCCUCCGGCACGGACUCCGUGGGCCACAUGGAUCGCGGCAGCAGCUCCAGUCUCGCUAGCAGCGCCACCGUUGGCACCAACACCAUCACCAGCGGCAUCUCCAAGGAGUGCGCCAAUUACCCCGUCGGCAGUCAGUCGGCCCGUCCAUACGUCCAACUGCCGGGCAUACACAUUUCCAACCCUCCCCAGUACGGGCCAGUGAAUAUGCAGGAAAUAGACGCUUGCAAAAUGGCGCACAACGGCAAGGCACUCACAGGGCGCUACAAUGCCACGCCCACCUAUGGCUUCGACAACAAGCAGAACUACUGCCUGAAUUCCCAACAGUUGCCGUCUCCAAUGCCCCCUCCACCAACGCCUUGGCACGCGUGAGCAGCACACGCAACUUCGAGCUCGAGAACCACACACCGCCGGCAUGUCCCGGCUCUGGACCCAUUGCCAUGACGAACGGCACCAUCCAGUU